AUGGCAGGAGGAAUUAAGAAGCACUUGAAGAGAAUCAGAGCCCCUCAUCAUUGGAUGCUAAGCAAAAUGGGCGGAACUUGGGCUCCUCGUCCAUCAUCUGGCCCACACAAGCGCCGUGAGUGUCUUCCUCUCGUUGUUUUGCUCCGCAACAGACUCCGCUACGCUCUAAACUUCAGAGAAGCCACAUUAAUCGUCAAAGAGAAGCACGGACUAGUCCAAGUCGACGGAAAAAUCAGAAAAGACGUAAAAUACCCUACUGGUUUUAUGGAUGUCAUAUCUCUUCCUCAAACCAAAGAGCAUUUUAGACUCCUCUACGACACCAAAGGCCGCUUUCAGGUGCUCCGCAUUGACGAAGCUGAAGCAAAAUUCAAGCUUUGCAAGGUUAAGAACCGUAUUGUUGGGCCAAACCACGUGCCAUACAUUAUUACACAUGAUGGAAGAACUUUCAGAUACCCACACCCUGACAUCAAAAUUAACGACAGCAUCAAGCUUGAAUUGGCAACUGGAGAAAUCAGCGACUUCAUCAAGAUGGAAAUGGGAAACACUGUUAUGGUUACUGGAGGUAAAAACACCGGAAGAGUAGGAACUUUAAGCUACUUGGAAAGACACGAAGGUGGCUUCGAUAUUGUCCACAUAAAAGAUGCUCAUGGAAAUAUGUUCGCUACUAGGCUGACUUAUGCAUUUGUCAUUGGAAAAGGCAAAAAGCAUUUGGUAUCUUUACCUAAGGGAGAAGGUGUUAAGAAAUCCAUCUUAGAAGAGCAAGCUGAUUUCAUUAACUCCCCCCGCUGUGAGCGAACAAAACCAUUAGAAAAAUCCCAAUUUUUUGCCUAAAAACCCACCCUCCGUUAGCGAACAAAAUUUUUAUGGAAAAAAAUCUUGAUAUAUAGUGAUAAUUAGUAAUAUGAAAUCUCGAGCUAAUUCUGUUUAAUUUUAAACAAAUUGCGUUUUAAAACAUAAAUUUUACAAAUUAAAUUAAUAUUUGCUUCCCAAUUUUUAUAGAGGUAAGUUUAAAAAAUUUUCUAUAAAAUUUAUAUAUAAAAAUUUUUUAAAAAAAUUAAUCCCUCUCUGUGAGUGAACAAUUUUUUUGUCCGGUCACGGAGGGGGGAGUAAGAAGCACGCAGAAUAA